AUGAGCACAGUGCUCGUCGGCCCGACCGAUCCACUCGCGUUUUCGGAAGGCUUUGUCUGGGUCGAGCUGCACCUUAUGGCCUUCGAGACAAAGAAUCAAAUCGUCGGCCUCGACGAAGACAAGCUUUCCAAGCCCGAUCGGCCUAUUCCAUCUGGGCGCAUCAGCCCUGAGUCGACGCAGAUCCUUUACGUCUGCCUCGUGCUAGCGUCCCUCUUGAUGAGCGCUCGGCACGGCCUUCUAGUGCCAAGCGCUAUCUAUCUUGCUGCGAUUGUCGCGUACAACGAGUGCAGUCUCGCCCGUAACUGGUUCUUCAAGUCAGUGCUAUCUGCUAUCGGCUAUGUCUGCUACACCUGGGGAAUGUGUGUCUGCUUCGACCACGACCGACCGCUCUCCCGCCUGUCCUUGAUGGCACUCGUCAUGACGGGGGCGAUCUUCGCGACAACCGGCCAGGCACAGGACUUUCGCGACCGCGAAGGCGAUGCCGCCAUCGGACGCAAGACACUCGCGCUCCUCCUUCCUCAGGCUGUCGGCCGCUGGUCCCUCGGCGCGCUGCUUGUUGCUUGGACGGGCGUGCUCGUGUGGUUCUGGAUGCCACCCGCGACGUUCAGCUGCGCGCUCCUCGCGCUCGCGAUAACCACCACCAGCGUCUUCGUAUCGGACUACUCGCACGAGUCCGACCGCCGCGGGUACUGGUGGUACAACAUGUGGCUGAUAUCCUGCCACGCGCUCCCGAUUUUCCACCGCCUUCGUGGCUAG